GCGGGGUGGCCGCGCACAUGCCCAGAAGCGAGCGGCAGAGCGUCCGGGCCGUGCCGCCUUUGACAGCGGCGGCGCUUUCCCUUCCGCUGGGUGUGGGCUCUGCAGCAGCAGCGCCGCGUCCACCCAGCCCCGGAGCGCACACACACGCGCACACACACACACACACACACAGAGGCGCGCCGGGGCCUCGUCCCCGCGCCGAGGGGCGGGAGGCAGCCAUGUCGCUAUUGUCUCGGGCGCUGCCCGCGCUGCGGCUCUAUUGCAUCGGCCUCGCCGUCGCCCUGCACCAGCUGCUGCGCCGCCUCCGCCCCGGCGGGGCCCCCGCGCCAGUUUUCCCUACACAAAAUGGAAAUGUUGCUAUAGUGACUGGAGGUGCUAAAGGAAUUGGUUAUCAUACUGUGAAGCAUUUGGCAAGACUUGGCAUGCACGUUAUAAUAGCUGGAAACGAUGAAAGUGAAGGCCAAGAAGCGGUGAGGAAAAUAAAAGAAGAAACUGUGAAUGAAAAAGGAGUGCAUGUCAUACCAAAGAGGAAGAGAGGCUGGUCAGAUGUAUGGAGACCACAACAUCUUAAGGAGAGAUGGAGAAAGGAUCGUGCCCCUGAAGAUACAGAGCUCCCCCUGGUGUGGUGCAUGUUCACCCAGCCCCAACUCUGGCUCGGAUUGUGAAUGAUGCAAUCUCGUGCAUGGCUAUUAUUUAGCAGUCUACUGCAUCUUUUAACAGUGAUAAAGAGCACCUCUUCUCUGUCUCUGCUGCGGUUUUCUUGUCACUCAUCAAUUCUAUUUAUAAUCUGUGCUUCAAAUAGAAGUCCACUUAAUUCUGUGGAUUUAGAGUGCUAUGUGUAAUGAUCAUGUUUUAAUUUGAAUUAGUUGUCACAGUAAAUGUUGGGAAAGAUUAAUCACAAACCUCUUCUUUUCAAGCUGUUUGUGAUUAAUGUGGUUUUAUACCUAAUUUCCCCCCUAACUUUUACAUUUUUCCCCUUGAGCUCAGUUGUUGUAACUCUAGGUUCCACAGGGUGUUUGUGAAGACCCUCCCUUGGUACUAUGCUAAGUAAAAGAAUUCAUGUUUAUGCAUAAACUUUUGAUGAUUUUCAAUUCCAUCUCCAUUCAUGAAUACAAAUGGAGCAUGAAAAGAGCUUUUGUUGAUAGUUAUAUGUUAGUUUAAUUCUUAUGUAUCUUUGUACUCAACAGGUCAAAGUCCAUUUCAUUUACACAGAUAUAAACCCAGAGAGACUGGGUUAGUAGAGUUGCUCUGUAUUUUUGCUGGCAUCACCAAGACCAGAAUUUGUGCCAAAGACUUCUAAAUCCCCACAGAUCACUAGGGUAUGUGCAUUUAGGCUACACUAGGAGCAAUUCCCUCGUGCUAGAUCUCAUUGAGUACUGCACUCUUGUAGCACGGGCAAUGGCACAGGCUACAUACACACCCUUGAACCCCAUGGGCAUGUAGUUGGGGUGGAUAGCCUGUGCCACCACUCUCUGCUGCCAUGCUACACAACUAUUUUUAGCAUGCUACCUCAAUGAUAGCUAGUGAGAGAAUGUCUAUGCAAACUAGGGAAUCCAAUCCCAAGCUCCAAGUGUAGACAUAGCUUUACAUAUCAUUCAGUGCUAGUAAUUGCAUGUAGAUAUGAAAAAAUAUAUUUUCAUUCUCACACAAUUAGAACAUCAGUAUGCUGAUUUCUAGCUUAGUGUUGGAUUUUUUUCAACCAUAUAACUACUAAUAUUAACAAUACAAGUAAACAUUUUAGUAAACAUGUCCAGUUAGCUACCAUGAAAUAUUCUGAUCCAGCAAAACCUCUAAAAGGUUAAGCUUAUAUGUAGGUCUUUGUAGAAUCUGGGCCUAAAAGUGUCUGAUGGUUAGGACCCCUGUAAAGUUGAAAGAACUAUGGAUGGGCUUCUGUACUUGACCCCUGAUGCCAUUGACCCUACAGUUGAAGACCGCCUGAUCUGUCAGGAAGGGAAUAUUUUAAGCAAAUAAAAAUAACUCCUGAUAAUAGCA